UUUUCUGAAUGUAUAGAUAGUUAUGAUGAAAAUAUGAGUUUUGCUGAUUUGAAUGUUACAAGACCUUUAAUGAAGGCAUUGAGUGUAAUGAAUUUUCAGCAACCAACACCCAUUCAAGCUGCUACAAUACCCAAAGCUUUGUUAGGGAAAGAUAUCUGUGCUUGUGCUGUCACUGGUUCAGGUAAAACUGUAGCCUUCAUGUUACCAAUAAUGGAGAGAUUGUUAUAUAAACCGAAGAAUUCAUCUGUAUCUAGGGUAUUAAUACUGGUACCCACUAGAGAAUUGGCAGUCCAAGUCCAUACUGUAGGCCGUAAACUAGCUCAAUUUAGUACCAUAGAACUUUGUUUAGCAGUAGGUGGACUAGAUUUAAAGUCACAAGAAGCAGCAUUAAGGCUAGGACCAGAUAUAGUAAUAGCUACACCAGGACGAUUGAUAGAUCAUAUCCACAAUUCACCUGGUUUUAACCUCAAUUCUAUAGAGAUAUUGGUCUUGGAUGAGGCUGAUAGAAUGUUGGAUGAAUAUUUUGCUGAACAGAUGAAUGAAAUUAUUAAAAUGUGUUCAUAUCAGAGACAGACCAUGUUAUUUUCUGCCACAAUGACAGAGGGGGUAAAAGAAUUAGCUACUGUAUCAUUGAAGAACCCAGUAAAAGUUUUUAUGAAUGAAGCCACAGAUGUAGCUCUAGGUUUGAGACAAGAAUUUAUUAGAAUAAGACCUAAUAGAGAGGGAGAUAGAGAGGCCAUCAUAGCUGCUCUAGUCAGUCGUACAUUCUGUGAUAGAUGUCUAGUAUUUAUACAAACCAGAGCUCAGGCACAUAGAAUGCAUAUAUUGUUAGGUUUAUUUGGUAUUAAUGUGGCUGAAUUACAUGGUAGACUAUCACAGGCAGAGAGAUUAGAGGCAUUGAAAAAAUUCCAAGAUGGUCUGGUAGAUGUUAUGUUAGCUACAGAUUUAGCUGCUAGAGGUCUUGAUAUUAAAGAAGUUAAAACAGUUAUUAAUUUCACCAUGCCAAAUACAAUAAAACAUUAUAUACAUAGAGUAGGUCGUACAGCCAGAGCUGGUAAAAGUGGAAGAUCCGUGACACUAGUUGGUGAAAAAGAACGUAAAAUGUUAAAAGAGGUUGUAAAGAAAGCAGUUACACCACUAAAAGUCCGAGCUGUACCUCAAGAGGUGAUCACAAAGUACAGAGAAGAAAUAGCCAGCAUGGAGGAUGACAUCUCUCAAAUUAUGUUAGAACAACAAGAAGAGAAAGAGUUGAAAGCUACUGAGAAGAAAAUGGUAAAAGCACAAGAAAAAUUAGAAAAACAUGACGAACCUCUGGACAUGUCUAGAACUUGGUUUCAAACUCAUCAACAAAGACGCGAAGAAAAAAGUAAGUUGUCAUUUGAAAUGUACAGAUGCUCUCACACCAUAACGGCCACCAGUUGCCUAUGCCAAGCUGGCAUACAUUUCUCUGGCAGCUCUCAAGCAGAGUUGUGA